AUGGUUUUCUUACGAUAUACUUUCGUUUCCUUUCUAUUAAUCGACACUAUCAUUGGUGCAUAUUUUCCUAUUAAUCGACAAGGUUGGACAGCAACCGCAGACAGUUUCCAAGAUGGAAAUGAACCGUCAAAAGCUAUUGAUGGCAAUGCGAAUACAUUCUGGCAUUCUCGAUAUAACCCAGACGAUCCCUUGCCAAAUUCCAUCACCAUCGACAUGAAACAAAGCUUUUCAGUCAAUGGCGUGAGCUAUCAGCCGCGUCAAGACGGCAGUGGCAAUGGCCGCAUUGGACAGCACAGAAUUGAGCUGAGCGCAGACGGCCAAAGCUGGGGUCAGCCAGUGGCCAUUGGAACAUACGUCAACGACGCGACAACAAAACGAACCACGUUCAUCGCGAGAAGUGCACGCUACGUACGGAUCACUGCUUUGAGUGAGGCCCAAGGCGCGAAUAAUCCAUGGACAUCGGCGGCGGAGAUCAAUGUUUUCACAGAGGCAAACUAUAGAAGUCGCUCCGGCUGGAGUGGUAUCUGGCUCAACACUGUGGACAUUCCGAUCGUACCUGCAGCAGCAGCGAAUCUUCCUAAUGGCAAAGUCCUCCUCUGGAGUGCGUACAGAAUCGAUGACUUCGGUGGUGGUACAGGGCAGACGCAAACCGCCGUAUAUGAUCCGACCACAGGCGAAGUCACGCAGCGUUUGGUCACAAAUAAUCAGCAUGACAUGUUCUGCCCAGGCAUUUCCAUGGAUUUCAAUGGGCGUAUCGUCGUUACCGGCGGUAACGAUGAACAGAAAACCACCAUAUAUGAUCCAACAAGUGACCAAUGGGUUGCUGGAGCUGACAUGAAAAUCAGCCGAGGAUAUCAGUCUACCACGACCACAUCCAAUGGACGCGUCUUCAAUAUUGGUGGCUCCUGGUCUGGUGGCGAAGGAGGGAAGAAUGGAGAGAUCUAUGAUCCCUCUGCGAAUCAGUGGUCACUGGUGCAGAAUGCGCUGGUAUCCCCAAUGCUCACAAACGACAGAGCAGGUGUCUAUCGAUCCGAUAAUCACGCAUGGCUAUUCGGCUGGAAGGGCCAAUCGGUUUUCCAGGCCGGCCCGUCCAAAGCGAUGAAUUGGUACACCACUACCGGUACCGGCGGCGUACAGGGUGCAGGCCUGCGAUCUACUUCCCAAGACGCAAUGAACGGCAACGCUGUCAUGUACGAUGCCGUUGCUGGCAGAAUUCUCACAGUAGGAGGAGCCCAGCAUUACCAAGCGGCCCAAGCCACUGCCGAUGCGUACAACAUCACAAUUGGAAAUCCCGGCACAACCCCUCAAGUUGCGAAAACGGCAUCGAUGUCAUUUGCCCGAGGAUUCGCCAAUGCUGUUGUACUUCCCGAUGGUACUACGUUUGUCGCCGGUGGGCAGUCCUGGGUGGAGCCUUUCACUGACACAACAGCUGCGCUGGUCCCCGAACUCUGGAAUCCUGCUACUGGAGCCUGGACUCAGCUGAACCCGAUGGCUAUCCCAAGAACGUACCAUUCUAUCGCCCUUCUACUCCCUGAUGCCACCGUUCUUGUGGGUGGAGGCGGUCUUUGCGGAGGUUGCGGCACGAAUCACUGGGAUGCAGAGACAUUUGUUCCGCCUUAUCUAUUGAAUGCUGAUGGCUCACGCAAAGCUCGACCUGUCAUUCAAACCGUAGCACAAACCGUGAGAUUGGGUGCGUCACUUGCAAUUACGACAGGGGGUCAGGUCAGAAGCUUCUCACUUGUCCGCUUAGGAACGGCAACGCAUACCGUCAACACUGACCAGCGCCGUGUUCCAUUAACGCCUUCAGGCAGCGGUACUUCUUAUACGGUAACUAUACCAAGUGAUGCGGGUGUUGCGCUACCUGGGUACUGGUUCUUGUUCGCGAUUGAUAACAAUGGCACGCCUAGCAUUGCAAAGACGAUCAAAGUCACCACUUAA